AUGGAUAUGUCAAACAAUUUUUGUUCCCGCAUGGUUCGAUUACUUGAUGCAAAAUCAAUGAAACAUUUGAACUUUUCUCACAAUGAUAUCAGUCAGGAUUUGGAAGGAGACUCAACCGGUGAAAUCUUUAAUACGUUUACCAGUCUUGAGGUGCUAGACAUAUCUUCUAACAGGAUAGUGUCACUACCAAAACUUCUCCUAAGAAACUCGAACGAAUUAAGAUAUAUAGAUGCAAGCAACAAUGGAUUAUCUGAAUGGUUGGUAGAUGUGAGCAAAAUGUCGAAUCUCAAGUUACUUGAUUUGUCUGAGAACAAAUUUGCAACGCUAAGUUCACACGCUCGGCAACAGUUUGGACACGCUUUUCAACUAUCCAAUUUAACCAUCGACAUUUCAAGAAAUGGGAUAGCUUGUACUUGUGAGAAUCAAGAUUUCUUGGUAUGGAUGCAUGAGAACAAAAAUUAUUUUCUACACAUUGAAAACUAUACUUGCUCUACAACAGAUUCCAUGUUCGAUUUCAAAUCUCUUGAAUCCUCUGUACACAACUUGCAAAAGCAAUGUAAAUCAUUCUUGGGUUGGUACAUAGGCUGUUCAGUCACCUCAGCAAUAUUUGUCACAUUUAUUAUUAGUAUAAUAGUUAUUAAAAACAAAUGGAAAAUACGAUAUCUUAUCUACAAAUCCAAGCAAAAGUUUGGUUUUGUAACUCCGUUCAACAGAUGUAUACCAGAUACCAUGCAUUAUGACUAUGAUGCCUUCCUUUCAUACAGUGGUCAAGAAUUAAUGUUUGUCUUAAAGCAAGUAAUACCUAGAUUAGAAGUCAACAAAAAACUCAGACUACUAAUCAGAGAUCGGGAUUACUUGCCAGGCAUUUCAAAGGUAGACAGCACCAUGAAGGGUCUACAAGAAAGUAGACGGACAGUUUGCAUAGUGUCCAAAAAGUAUUUGGAGUCUAAGUGGCGUGACUAUGAAUUAAACAUGGCUAAGGUAGAAGGUAUUGAAGACCGUGGGUCUCUUGAUUACGUCAUUCUUAUAUUGUUACCCGAGGUAUACAAUGGUAAAAAUCUUCCUAAAACACUCAUGGAUCUUAUUAGGAAAGAACGGUAUAUUGAGUAUCCAAUGGAAUCGUGCGCAUAUGAUGAUUUCUGGGAUCGAUUAAUCAGAAUGAUCGAACAGUGAUUCUUAUUUUCUGUAUAAUGAUGAUAUUAGAUAUAUGUGAGGAAAAAUAAUGAAGUGACUUUGGUGAUGCAUUUGAAUUAUUUGUACAAUUUUCAUAGGUGCUAAGUGACAGUUUAAGGUAGCUCACUACAUCAAGAUCUAUACUUGUUUAUGACAGUUUAAAUGUUUUUUGAAUUUUUUAUCAUUUGAUUAGCUUUAUCAUCAUAGGUCAGUGGAUAAAAUAUCACACUUGUGAACUAUAAAUUUACAAGUUUGAAUCCGGUUUUUCAACAUUGCGUAUUGUUUCGGUCACAAAGAAGGAAUUUUCUGCUGAAUAGAGAAACUAGUUCAAGGUGUAGUAAGCUUUCUGAAGUACAGUACAUAUUUGGUAAGUUACGUAACACAUUCAAUUCAGAAAUAAAGUUAUCUAAUGUUAUUUAAAGGAAGAUUGCUUGUGUACUCCAGAGAGAAUUA